AUGGCUGAUCUGUUUACACAGAUAGCCUUCCAGGUGCUUGUAAAGACGUCGCCAUCAAUUGCCUCGACAACUCCUGCUCCUCGUGCAUCUGCACAGGAAGGAACUGGAGAACAUCGGUCUCGACAUCAAUCACCGAGUUCCCCAGCCUUGUCGACCGCGUCUACAGCUGACGGCGAGGAAGAAGAUAUUGAGUCUUCUCCAGCCCUCCCUCCGCUUCCCGCGCCCAAGUUACCUGGACGGGUUGCGCAACUUUUGAGAACUCCGCCUUCUGAGUUUGGUGAAGAGAAUCAAUUUGGUACUGCUAGCUGGGGUUCCCCGUAUCCUCGAACCGACCACAAUCUACGUCGGCAGAGCUUCAGCAGUGAGCCUUCAGACGAUUCGCCAAUCCAUCACUUGAACAUCGACACCCCUUUUCUGCGACCGCAGCCAGGAGAAGACCCCAUUGAGCAACAGCCACAGACAACCAUCAGUGCUGCUGCUGCCGUUCUCGCCAAUCGGGCUAGGAGACAACAUAGGGGCCUCACUGAGGAUUGGAUUCGUACUCACACCACUGGUGUAGUAAACGCUGAACCAAGACAUUGGUUCAGCGACGGAAGCGACAGCGAGCACUCUUCAUUGAGCGGCUCACAAUUAGCUUGGUUCGACGACAGCGAUCCCCGAACCCCGAGGGCUGUCCAGAAGCCAAAGCCAUCGUCGCGCAAAUCGUCGUCUCGUCACCCACGACGACGAUCAAGUAUUGAAACUUUGAAACCCGAAGAACUUUCUGAGUUAGCAGCGGGUAAAAACAUCAGCAACAUGUCUGACGCAGAGCUUCAACAGACCUCUCGCGAGGUUGAUCUCACACGAGAUGAUGCUUCUCCUAUUGAGUCCCAGGAGGAGAGUGCGACGGGAGGGAUCCCCGAAGACAUCGGAACUGAAAAGACAAACGGAGAGGUUAAGCUCCCUUCAACCCCCAUUAAGAACAAGGAAAAGCCAUUGCCCAAAGAGCCUGCGAUGACUCCUCGAAUCAAGAAGAAAAUUCCGUGGAAGGGCAAGAACAUCAUGGUUCUAGUACCCCGGGACGACCAGCGUGGUCGUGCAGGCGGCGCUCCCAUGCCCCUUAGACCUGAAGAUGUGGAAAAAAUGUUUUCCUCAUGGAAAGAGCUUGGCUACAGCGUUGAAGGGUUUGAUCUCCUGGUUGAAGGAUAUCAGCCUCCUGGCACAGAUGACUCUCAGAGCAGAGAAGAUUGGCCUACGGAUGCUGAUAUGGUCCGCGAGAGGUCAGAAAGAAGUUUCAAAGUCUUGUUGCCUGACUUGAAUGCAUGGAAGAACUAUGUCGAUGAGCUUCAGGAAGCAAAACUACGAGCCCUAGGUGUUUCAUUUGCCGAGGAGGAACCCCCAGAGCCUUCAAUUUCUCCGCCAACGACCAAUCCAUCCAGACAGGCUUCAGUGCAGUAUCCAUCUCUGCCUUUUUCUCCCCCCAUCCCAACAUCUUCGGCUUCCAGCAACCACGGACUCCCGAGUUACCCAUUCCCUGCACAGUUCCUCCCAGCAUCCGCGAGCCCGGGUCUGCCACCUGGCUCAUCUCCAGUGCCAUUUGCUCCUGGAAAAUUCAACCCUCGGCAGUCGAUUUCUUUGCCAACUGGAAACUCGCCUUUCCAACUUGCCCAGUCGCAAGGUUGGUCAAACCCGGCUGGCAUUUUGCAAGGAUUGAGCCGCACUGAUUCACCACUGGCCAACCUUAAUGGCAUUCUCUCGCCCCAGUCACCCUAUGGCCUUGAUGGCCUGCAACAGACUGCCAGCCCUGGAUUCAACCCGCACCAGCGUCAUCAAUCUUUACAGUAUUUCCCUCAGCAAAUGGCGUCAAUUGCUUCUCCACGCCUGCAGGAUGUGCGAGAGGAUGAUGAGGAAAAUUUGAGCAAGAGCCCAUCCAAGACUCCAGAGCCAACUAUGCACAACGGCGACAACUUGCAAGCCGAAAUUGAAGAUGCCGAAUAUCAUCUGGAAGAGCAGCUUCGAAAUCAGCUGGAACACGAAGACUACAAUCCCCAAUCAGCGGAGACUAAGCCUUUUGCCCCGAUGCAUAACCGGGAUGCCUCAUCACAAGGCCUUACGAUAGCCGAACGUUUUGCUAAUGAACCCGGCAAGCCAAUGGAGUUGCACCAUCCCAGACCUCACUCUAGGGGACAUUCAUUGACGCAGACCUUUUACCAAGAACAACUUGAUGAGCGUGGCCUUGGUCAACUGGGUUCCUUGAAAGAGCUUCCAGAGACACAGAGAGAUGAGAAUGAAGCCGAAGAGAUCGAGACGAACCCCAGCAACUUGGGCACGCCCGUACAAAAUUUCGAUUUCGAGGCUGCCUUUGGACAACACCAAAAGUCCUUGUCCACUGUUAGCAACCCCUGGCAAGAGCAGGAGUCUGUUGCUAGCAGCACGAGACGAUCCAGUCAUGGCAGCAAACCAUCCAUGUCCAAGCUCAAUGUCCAGGCUCCCGAAUUCAAAUUCAACCCCACGAGCUCGUUCACUCCAGGCAGCAUGUACAACUUCUCAGCAGGUGGCUUCCAGCCGGCUGUGUUCCAAGCCGGCAUUGGUAGCGACAGCACACAGCCCUUGGAGACAAUUAAUCCCGUGCCACAGUUCGGCGCUUCCAAGAUGCACGCCAGCGCACCAUCGUUUUCUCCUGGUCAAGGUGUCUUCAGCUUUUCCUCAUCUGGACCAAAGUUCCGACCAGAUGCCCCGUCAUUUACUCCUUUCCAGUCGCUUGGUGGUGGCUCCAGCCUCGGACGCGGUCACACUGCGCGCCAAGAUUCCAUCUUUGGCAACAUUUCCAUUCCUGCCCAGGACAUUGUUCCCCCCGCAAAGAAAUCCAAGGCCAUUCCUAUCAUCAGACCUUCUAGCAGAUCGUCUGCCCAAUCUCCCCAUCCUAAGGAGGAGGAUGGGCCUCAAGAUGGCCCUGAUGGCCGCUUGGCUGAUGAAUCCAGAGUCAAACGUGCCAAGAGUGCGGUCCCGGAUGGUGAUUCAAUGCCUACGUUUGCUGCUCGACCCGAUGAGGAGGACGAGGGCAGCAAACCUGAUGAAUCUAACGGCGUGAAGGAUGAUAGUCACAGCGCCGCAGAAGAUGGGUCCGUGGAUGGUGACCAGACCCAACCUGGGGACACUUCACUGUCUUCAAUCAUUACUUCAGAUCAAAUUGAUACCAAGGCAACCACGGCUGCUCCGUCUGAAACAUCACCUGCCGAACAGAUGGCCAGAAACUUUUCACACUUUGAGUUCGAUCCCACGGUUGCAUCUCAAGAGCUCCCGCCGACUGGAAUAUUCAGAAACAAGGGCAAAGGAAGCGAAGAACGUAAGUCGCUCUCGGCCACAGCUAUGCCUUUUAUUCCCGGGGGAGCGUCCCCUGCCGCCCAACUGCCAAGCAGCAUAAAUGGCAGUGACAAGGAAAGAGAUUCUGCUCAGGAAACACCAGUACAAGAAGCCGUCAGCGAAGAACCUACGCCUCAGGCUCAGGCUCCCCGUGUUAAACUCACUCCCAAGCCUAGAGGUCUUGCCGCAUCGCGAUUUGCUAAGCCCCAGUCGCCGGUUCCUGUUCAAGAGCCUGGUAUUGUUCAGUCGAUUGAGAAUGAACCCAAACCGGUCUCGAUGCCAGUGGCGGAUACUGCUCCCGCAGUCUCACAAGAUCAGCCUUUGGUAGAUGUUGGCGAUGAUCGCGAGAUGACAUUCGAAGAAAUCGAUGCAGUCAUGCAGCAAAUGGAGACAGAUCCUUCCAUGGGCGUCAACAAGACGCUGGAGAAUUCGAACUGGCAGUCGCAGCUGGCUGAUGGAUUGAAAUUCCCCCCUGUUGAAGUACUUCAGCAGCCGGCUCAGCAGUUCUCCGGGGAUGGCACAAGCUCUACUCCUCGCCAAUUCAAUGCUAUUCCCACUUCCACCCCCAUGCUGAGCACCGAGUUGGAAGAUCCAUUUGUAGAUCCGCCUAUCAGCCCGCGCUCUCCAGAGCCCGCCAACGAGUUCGACGACCCUGAGAUUGCAAGUGAACAGGCUAGUGACUGGGAAGGCGCUUUCACCGAAGACGAACAUGACAAGCUGGAAAACCGAGCUCACUUCUUUGAUGGCAGGGUCAAUGAGGUCGUUGGCACAUUAUUGGCUUCCCGACUGGAACCUCUUGAGAGGACGCUGGCUGCUAUCCAAGACAGCAUCUCUGCCAAGAAUCGCCGCAACCAGUCAACGAGGCGUGAGGUUCGCAGCAUAUCGGGCGACAUGCAGGAGAGCGACGCCGACGACGAGGAUGAAGAGCCUGCUCCCCAACGCUCUAUGAGCCCCCGUCGUGACCGCAGAAUGGAACAUAUCCGCUUGGCUGUUACCGAAGCCUUUGCUGCCCAACAGCGCAAUCAGCCUCUUGCCCCCGCUGCUGAAAAAGAGUUGCCAGUGAAUGACCACUCCGCGGUCAUGCAGGCGCUCGAGGAAAUGAAGGAGCAUUUGACGGCCAGUCUGAAGGCUUCAAUGUCGAGCGAAGACAAGGAAAGCGCAGCAAGAGAUCGCGAGCUACUUACUCCCGGCCCCGAUGAGCACGCCCAGCACAAGAUCAAUGAGCUUCAGUCUAUGAUGAUGGAUCUUGCAGAACGACUCUCCAACGAGCAAAAGAAGUCGGAGAAGGAAAUCGCUGAACGUCGUGCGGCGGAAGAUGCCGGGGCGGAGUUGAACCGAAAACUCCAAGCUGCCGAGACGCGUGUGGAGGUGGAAAUUAUCAACCGCAGCGUCUUUGAUCAAAGAGUCGCAGAUCUUGAAGAACGCCUGAGACUUCAAGAAGAUAAGAAUGAGGAAGAAGUCAAGAACCGUCGCGCUGCUGAAGAUAGACUCUCGGAAGUGCAACGACUUCUUCGAAUUUCCUCCGAGGAAGAGAGUCGCCUUCGCGAUGUGGUUGACGAGAAGGACACGAGAAUCAAGACUCUUGAGCAGUCUGGCGGCAAGAAUGCUAUGCGCAUGACCCUUCUCGAGGCUGCCCAAACCAACUCGACCAAGACUCAAACCGAAAUGACGAACAAGUUCAAUGUUCUGGACGCCGACUUGAAGGCAGUUCGACAGGACAACAACCACUGGCGAGCAGAAGCGGAGAGAGCCGAUGAGACUGCACGACGCCAUGCUGGGGAGCUCGCUCAUACUAUGAAUGAGAAUAAGCACUUGCAGAAGUCGCUUAACACGCUCACUGCCCAGCUUGAAGAGAAUGAGAGACUUCGUGAAUCAUGGCGGUCCAAGUUCUUGUCCCUGCAGGAAGACAUGGGCAAGGCUGCUCGAGAGGUCGCCGAGGAAAAUGCUCGCCACAUCAAGAAGGACCAGGCUAUGUUGGCUAGACAAGAGGUCCUCGAGGCUAGAUUACAGGCCGAGGCCAAGACUCGCGAGCGACUAGAAGUGGAAAUGGAACGUCUGCAAGAGAAUGAGAGAUCCGGCAUGCGAGCCGUCAACGAAUGCAAACGUCUGGAAAUCUUGCUGGGCGAGCUCCGAACCGAGAACCACAAGCUGCAACAAGCUGCUUCGCGCUACCAGCGUGAGUUUGAGGAAGCAAGAGAGUCGGGCGCCAGCGAAGUCAAGCGAACUCGCAUGUCUCUGCAAACCGAAAUUGAUGCCGCAAACAACCAGGUCAACGUCAUUCGCGAGGAACUAGAGGAGCAGAACUCCAAGCUCCGAACCGAGCUCGACCACGUCAAACUUGAGGCCGACACCGCCAAGGCCCAGAAUGAGAUGCUGCUGGAGGACGCCCAAGCCACCAAGGCUGCAGAGCUGGAGGCAGCUGAACGCAAACACCAGAAUGAGAUCGAAGAUUUGCAAGCCCGAUACGAACGCCGCGUCAACAACGCGAACGAGGAUGCCUCUCGUACCGAACAACAACUCCUCGAGCGACUCAGUCUCUCAUCCUCAAAGAUUGAGCACCUUCAGGAUCGCAUUAUGCAUCUCGAAGACAAGUUGGAGAUUGCCAAGGAAGCUGCCGCUGCCGCCGCGGCUGCAGCUAAGUCGGCUGGAAUCGAGCCUGCGGCCGCAGCCAUCGUUUCUCAACCCAGACAGGUGUCGAAAUCGCUUGAGGCGCCCGAGAAGAUCUCCCCUCAGGCUCUUCGAGAGUCCAUCAUGGUUCUUCAGGAGCAGCUUCAGGCCCGCGAACAGCGAAUUGAGGAGCUUGAGCAGACCCUUUCCAAGGCUGACCCUGACGCUUCUGUCAAGAUUUCAAAGCGUGAUGAUGAAAUCAGCUGGCUGCGUGAGCUCCUUGCUGUGAGACACGGUGAUCUCCAAGACAUCAUCACGGCUCUAUCUGGCGACCACUAUGACCGUGAUACCGUCAAGGACGCGGCCAUCAGACUCAAGGCGAAUCUGCAAAUGGAAGAGCAGGAACGGGAGAGGGCAAUGAACGGAGGUUCAGCUAUCAGCUUGCCCAACAUUGCCCAAAGCAUCCAGGCCGCCACACCCCGUGUUGCUCAGACCAUUGGGCCAAUUGCUGCUGCUUGGGGAAACUGGCGUAAAUCAAGCCAGCCAAGCUUCCGUACCAUUUCUGGAGUCUUGAGUUCGCCAGCUGGCGGAAGCAAUGCCACGCCUUCUAAGAGCAGAAGUGGCCCAUCAUCCCAAAACAGUUUGCUCAGCGGGCUCUUGACACCCCCAGCCUCUGGUCUGCGGCAAACACCAACUUCAGACAACAGACCGCAGCCCACUGCUUUCUCUAGUACCGGUCGUCGCUACACCGCACAAGGAAGCAGCUCCCUGGAUCGUGACCGAAGAGAGUCCAACAGCUCUCGAAGGUCAGAGAAAAUGCCAGCCGGCCCCAAUACACCCCCACGUCACCAAGAGCGUGCUGAACAACCCAGAACGCCGCCUAUGAUGCGCCAGAGCGGAUAUGAUUCCGACGCUCAACCUGGCGACUUUGAUGAUCAUGAUUUCUUCGAAGAAGACUGA